AUGAUUAGGUUUUUGUCUUUAAUAAGUUUUAUUCUUAUUCUGUACAUUCCAUCAAUUGAAAAUGUUGAUCGAAGUAAUUUCAAAACAUGUGAACAAAGUUCAUUUUGUCGACGUCAACGUAAAUAUAAACCUGAUACAACACCUUAUGAAGUUGAUCUAACUUCAAUGAAAACAAUUGACAAAGGACAUAUACAAUUUGUUUUACUUAAUACAUUAAAAUCUGAAGUUAAAUUUCAAUUAGAUUUAUAUACACUUGAACAUAAUUCAUUACGUGUUAAAAUUAAUGAAAUAAAUUCAUUAAGAAAACGUUAUGAAGUUGAACAUGUUCUUGUUGGUGAACCAAAACUUGUUGAUGUCAAUAUUAAAAAAAAUGAUAAUAAUCAAAUUGAAGGACGAUUUGGUCAAACAGCUAAGUUUAUACUUAGUGCAAAACCAUUUCGUUUGGAUUUAUUUACAAAUGAUAUAUUUGUUAUAAGUGUUAAUUCAAAAAAUAUGUUUAAUUUUGAACAUUAUCGAAAAAAACCAGGAUCUGAUGGAGCAGCAGUUGAGAAUAAUAAUGAAGAUAAUGAAGAUGGAAUGUGGGAAGAAACAUUUAAAAGUCAUCAUGAUUCGAAACCAUAUGGUCCAUCAUCAAUUGGUGUGGAUAUAAAUUUUCUUAAUUUUGAAAAUGUUUAUGGUAUUCCUGAACAUGCUGAUGCAUUUUCACUUAGAUCAACACAUGAUACUGAUCCAUAUCGUUUAUAUAAUCUUGAUAUAUUUGAAUAUGAUAUUAAAAAUCCUAUGGCUUUAUAUGGUGCAGUACCUUAUAUGCUUGCUCAUAAUGAACAUGCAACUGUUGGUUUCUUUUGGUUAAAUGCUGCUGAGGGUUGGAUUGAUGUUCUUAAUGAUAAAUUAAAUGCGAAAAAUUUAUUCUCAACUAUAACAAAUUUUUUUGGUACAAAAUCAAAUAGUGAUCAUAAUGAAGUACCUGAAGUGACAACACAUUGGAUGUUUGAAGCAGGCAUUUUUGAUGGUUUCUUUUUUAUGGGUCCAACACCAAAUGAUAUUUUUAAACAAUAUACAGCCAUUACAGGAACUACACCACUUCCACCGCUUUGGGCAAUUGCAUAUCAUCAAUGUCGUUGGAAUUAUAAUGAUGAAGAUGAUGUACGAAGUGUUAACAAUGGUUUUGAACAACAUCAAAUUCCAAUGGAUGUUAUUUGGCUUGAUAUUGAACAUACAAAUGGAAAACGUUAUUUCACUUGGGAUACAUCGAAAUUUCCUGAUCCAGAAAAAUUACAAGAUGAUUUAGCUAUUUAUGGAAGACGAAUGGUUACUAUAACUGAUCCACAUAUAAAAAAAGAUGAUGGAUAUCAUAUAUAUGCUGAAGCUAAAUCAAAUGGUUAUUUUGUUAAAACAAAAGAUGGAGCAGAUUUUGAAGGAUGGUGUUGGCCAGGUUCUUCAAUGUGGCUUGAUUAUUUUAAUCCAGACAUCUUUAAAUGGUAUUGUAAACGUUAUACUUAUGACAAUUAUAAAGGUUCAACACCAAAUCUUUUUAUUUGGAAUGAUAUGAAUGAACCAUCUGUAUUCAAUGGACCUGAAGUUACAUUUCCAAAAGAUAUUAUUCAUCAUGGUGGAUGGGAAAAUCGUGAUGUACACAAUUUAUAUGGUAUGCUUCAACAUAUGGCAUCAUUUAAUGGUCUUGUUGAACGUUCCAAUGGACACACACGUCCAUUUGUAUUAACACGUUCUUUUUUUGCUGGUUCACAACGAACAACAGCUGUUUGGACAGGUGAUAAUGCGGCUCAAUGGAGUCAUCUAAAAAUCGCUGUGCCAAUGUUACUUAGUUUAUCAGUAACUGGUAUUACAUUUGUUGGUGCUGAUGUUGGUGGAUUCUUUAAUAAUCCUGAUCCACAAUUACUUGUUCGAUGGUAUCAAGCUGCAGCAUUUCAACCAUUCUAUCGUGAACAUGCACAUAUUGAUACAGCUCGUCGUGAACCAUGGCUAUUUGGUGAUGAUAAUACACGACUUAUUCGGCAAGCUAUUGAACAACGUUAUACUUAUUUACCUUAUUGGUAUACAUUAUUUUAUAAACAAGAAAAACAAGGUUUACCACCAAUGUUACCAUUAUGGGCUAAUUUUCCACAUGAUAAAAAUACAUUUAAAACAGAAGAUUCAUUUAUGAUUGGUAAUGGUCUUCUUGUCUGUCCUAUAACAGAAGCGGAUACAAAUCAAGUUUCAAUUUAUUUUCCUGGAGAAAAUACAAUUUGGUAUGAUAUACGAACAUUUGCUCAACAUAAUGGUUCAACUUUAAGUCUUAUUAAUGUUGAUAUGGAAUCAAUUCCUGUUUAUCAACGUGGUGGUGAAAUUAUUCCACAACGUUUACGAAAACGACGUGCAUCAAUGCUUGCUAUAAAUGAUCCAAUUACUUUAAUUGUUGCACUUGAUCGAAAUCAUGAAGCUGAAGGUGAACUUUAUAUGGAUGAUGGUCAAUCAUAUGAUUAUCGACAAAAACAUCAAUUUAUUCAUCGACGUUUUGCAUUUAAAAAUAAUGAGCUUAAAUCAAUAUCUCUUGAUUCAACAGCUAAAUUUGAAACAGAGGCUUGGAUUGAACGUAUAGUUAUUCUUGGUUAUCCAAAAAAUCCAAAUCGUUUAACAAUUAAUUCAGGCGAUAAACAAGCUAUUCCACUUCAUAGUUAUCAAGAUGCAUCUCAAACACUUAUUAUUCGACGACCAGGUCCAUCUGUAACAGCUGAUUGGACACUUACACUUUCAUAA